GCCGCCCACAGUCUCCCUGAAGAGUCGCGCGGCAGUAGCUCGAGCGCACAACCGCACUGCGCCCGACUUCGUGAUGCUGAGCUUCUUUGACGGCUUGGGGACAGCCUUCAUGGUAUGCGACAACUAUUGCAAGGCGCACAACCUUAAGUGGUCGGGGGCAUCAUGGGAGAUCGACAAGGACUUAGAGAGCUUGGGUGCCGAACACUUCCCACAAGUGACGCUUCGCGGAGACUUCGAGCAGGAGGACGCAGCGACCCUCCAGAAGCUUGUUGAAGAGCUCGACCCGUCCGGUCGAGCCCACAUAGUGAUAGCGGGCGGACCGCCUUGUCACGAUUUUUCCAGGAUCCGGCAGGACGCUCCGGGCCACGCCGGACACGAGGGCUCGAAAUUUACCCGCUUCGCCCAGCUCAUCCAGUCUGUCGAGAAGUCAUGGGGCCGCAGCCGAGCCAUUCUGCUCGUGGAAAAUGUGAUUCCGCAAAACAGGGCGGAUAUGAGGAAGGUGGAGCGCAUGCUGGACGCCCCCGCGGUGGUACAUGAUGCUUCGGAUUUUGGGACGAUUUCCCGUCCCCGAGUCUGGUGGUGUCGCGUGCCCUGGCAGGAGAUCGCGCACCGCAAGGAUUGUCCCUUCAACCUACGGUGGACCACCAUGCAGGGGAUCCCGCGCGUGCACUUCGACGUGGACAAGGACAAGCUGGACUCUUUCGACACCGAGGGCCUUACCCUGCCAAGGUGCCUCACCGACGAAGCCAAGCCAGUGCCGUGCCUGACCACACCUUCCGACGACCCGCAAGGACGCCCAGCACCGCGGAGCUCAAAAGGCAAGAUCAGUUCGGAGGCAACACAACGCUGGCUCGCUGACAAGAGGCGCUACGCUCCGUGGCAUUACGAGUCAGGCGUCAUGAUGAUGGAUCGGGACCAACGCUUGGUGAUUCCUCCCGCCAACAUCAAGGAGCAAUGGCACCACUUGCCCAAAGGGGACUACGACGAGUUCGACCUCUCACACUUGGAGGACCCCGACGAGCACUGGCGACAGUCACGCGUCAUGCCUCAUCCGGAAGCGAAGGAUGCCUCGAUCGAGCCCGGUUUGAGGCAAUGGCUCCAAGUGUGGUCAGAGCUUCGCGACGCCGUGGCCCAACAGAUCGAGGACCUCGUCGACGACUUGCAGGAGGACACGGAAGCCUGGUACGCUAACCUCGCGCCGCAUUUCCUGCAGAAGAACGAGCUCUACGUCAAGGACAAGCUUCGCCGCUGCCGCGUCGACCCGUGCUGGGAAGCCAUGGCCCAGGAGAUCGCCAGCGAUGUCACCAAACGACGGAUGGAAGGCCCCUUCAGCAGCCCGGCAUCGCGGGCAGAGGACUGGCGACGCUCCUUCGCCAACGCCACGGUCGGUGCAAAGGACAGCCCAACCUACCACGACAUUUCUGCCUACGUUCAGCUCGCGGUCGCCAUCAAGCAGAAGCACCCGCAAGCGCAGUUACUCAUCUGGGGCCUGGACCAUGAGGCCGCCUAUCGCCAACUGGCGGCGGAGGACCCCGACCAUACAUGGGUGAUUCAGGGAGUCGAGAUCUCCGUGCACGACAGCUUCGUGAAGGUCAGUGGCACCGCUGCGCGCAGACAACGCUUGGACGAGGACCUCGUGAGCAUCCUCACGUCCAACCGGCUGCCACCCAACGAGGCAUCCAGCUUAGCGGGCCGGCUCCA